CUCCUUCAAGAACUUUCGAGCGUAAGUCAUGGAUACUGGCGAUGAACCAACCAGUGAGGUUGAGCGAGUCGCUUUCCGAGCUUCGCUCUGAUGUGUUGUCGUUGCUGUUGUCUUUCUUGGAGGUGACAUCUCUUUCAAGGACCUGCUCUUUGGACCAUCUUCUGGGAAGGAUCGCUGCAUCUCACGAGCAUUGGCGCUGGUUCGUGCUCCAGUCCUUUGGUGUUUACUAUGACGAUUACAUGCGCUCGGUGGAGGUCGCUGACGACUGCCGUUGGCGACGUCUGUUCAUUUACAUCCGCCAGGUGCACCACAAUGUCGACCAGCAGAAGGCUGCACAGCGCACAAUGCCCGGCUUGCUUAAGCCCUGCACUUGGCUUGGAGAGGACUUUGCAGGCUCCUCUGCUGUGCCCGGCACCGCCCGGAGGCACGCCAGACGCAGGCGCUAUCGUGGCAGCUUGGAGCUUGCAGACAAUUGCAAUGUCUUUUUCUGGGAGAAUGGACGAGUAGUGCAAGUAGUUCGGGCCUGCGAUGGGACGGUGCUUCGGGAGAUCGACACUGGACAGAACUUCCGACGCUGCUUCCAUCGCUUGGCCAAUGUGAAGAAGAAGCUCUUCGUUUGCCUGAACGAUUGCAUCAAGGUGUGGGACUACGAGAGCUUCCAGACCCCGGUGGAGCUGCCCCCGGCAAGGACUCCUGCCUCCAUGGUCAGGGUCGGCCGACCCCUGGAGUUGUUGGUGCACAGGCAGAGGCUGAUCCUGGUGGAGAGCAACUGCUGCCUCUUGUGGCACACCGAGACGUUCGAAUUCAUUUGCUGCAUCCAGCACGACGACACCGGCGCGGCCUUUGGAUGUCACGGGGAGCCCGACCCCAGUCCGCGGGCGGAGGUCCAUGGCUCGCAUCGUCCGCGGGAAACCUUGGAGGUGCAGUGGAUGGGGGACCUGCUCAUGACUUGGGGCCGGGGCAGCCUAAAGUCCUUGAAUGUUUGGACCUUGGAUGGCGAGGCCAAAGCCUUUCUGCAGACCGACAGCGCGCUGGUCCAGGUGGAUGUGGCUCGUGUGACCUGGCAAUCGGUGUACGCCUUGGACCACUUCAUCCUUUGUGCCUUGGAUGCCAGGUCGGUGGUGACGUUCUGGGAUUCGAAAGAGAACUUCGCGCCCAUCUUCCGCUUCUACUGUGGCUGCGAGGAGCCCUUCGACCUGGUUCUGACCCAGGACUUCAUGGUCGUCAUCAACGACAACGUCUCUGCCAACCGUCUGGAUCUCUGCUUCUGGAAGCUUUGGCUCCAUCCAGACUUCGAGGACGCGCACCAAUCCGCCGAGAGUCUAGAAGUCCUGAGGAAUGAAGCCAAACAGCAGCGUGAGGCGUCGCACCGCGGCCGCCCUGCGGGCGCGCGCUUCGCACCACAAGGUGGAAUCCCAGUUCAGGGAGCUGCAGCGACAGGGCUUAUGGCAGGCUUGGACUUGGCCUCUGUCGCUGCGGCGCAGCUCAGUGGCGACACGCUGCAGCGUUUUCUUCACAAAGAGCUUCGGCCCAACUGUCGUCCCAUCAAGACGUUAAGCAUUCCGGACAUCGAUACCUACUUCGCCUCGUACAGGAACUUCCUGAACAUGUGUUCCUUCCACAAGUCGGGUCAGGAAUCGCUCAGUGUCUAUCGUUCCUGCUCCCUUCAGAAGAAGGCCUUUUUCCCGCCAGCCAAACACACCAAGUUCGAAGAGUGGUUGGCCUUGCAGGUCCACAACGACGGCACCGUGGUGGUUCACGAUUUUCGACCGCAACAGAUGGCCUUCGAUGAGCUGGUGAGCUGUGUCACAGGAAGCUUCACGAACGCCAGCGAAGCAGAGACGUCCAAGCAGCCCGAGCAGAUCCCACAGCGGCAGCGUGGUCUGCCAGGCUGUGGCCUCCGUAGGGCCCGACGUGCCUGACGGGCUCAGCGAGUCCAUGUGGUGCGAAGGGAUACCUCUUCCCAGAUGAGGUGCCGCAGACCUCGAUUUAUCUUCUUUCCGGCUUUCUGAGCUCUCGGGUGGAGCCGGCGCACCACCUUAGUUCGAUUCCUGGCAGUGCCUUGCAGCUGGCGGCAGCUGGCGGCUGGAUGUGAAUGCAAGAGGUACACUCUGACGAACACAUCACAUGGAAGUGGAUGGCAGGGUCGUACUCCUUGACGAACAGGGGGGAAACCACUUCCAUGUUGGUGAGUCG